UUGUUGAGUUUUAGCCUAAUUAAAAGACAUACAGAACUCUGGAGAAGUAUUAUUAUUAUCAUUAUUAUUAUUAUUAUUAUUCCAAUCCAAUUAAAACUCGGAAACCCAAUUCGAAAUCACAAAACUGAAAGCCUAUAAAUACCUCUAAAACCCUAAACCUCUAUCUCUCUCUCUCUUCAGUUUCAACAAUUUGAUUAUAUUCUCUUGAUUCUUAAAAAUUAAAAUGUCGUCCGCCUCUGAUGAAGCUCUUCCUCUUCCCACCAAGAAAAUAACUCUGAAGACAGCCGAUGGAAAGUAUUUCGAUGUGGAAGAAUCGGUGGCCAUGGAAUUCGCGGCCGUAAAGAACUUCUUCGACGACAGCACUGCCGAAACAGCAAAGGAGAUGGUGGUUCCGCUGCCAAACGUAUCGGCGAAGUGCCUGACUCAGAUAAUGGAGUACUGCGGGAAACAGUUAAAAUUUCGGGCAAUGUCCGGUAGUGAGGAUGCAAAGAACGAAUACGAUAAAAGCUUUUUAAAUGAGAUAAAUAAUGAGGAGAUAAAAGAGUUGAUAUUAGCGGUGAAUUAUUUAGAAGUGAAGUAUUUACUUGACGUGCUCACUAAUGCUGUUGCUAAAAGGAUCGAAAAUAAGAGCGUCGAGUAUGUUAGAAAGUUCUUCGCAGUGGAGUCUGAUUUUACACCUGAGGAGGAAGCUCAACUUCACCAGGAACAUGCUUGGGCUUUUGAAAACGUCGAUCCAGAUGAUUAGAUUUAUUUAUUUAUUUAUAUAUAUAUAUAUAUAUAUAUAUAUAUAUAUAUAUAUAUUACGCUCUAAUGAUAUUUUUUUAAAGGUUUUAGUUUUAUUAUUGUCUUUGUCUCAGAACUAGCAGAAUUGUUUUUUAAAUUUUAGAGUUAUCAGUAAUAUUCUUAAUGUUUUGUGCAA